GAUCCCAAAAACAGGGUACCCGAUAUUUCAUGUCGAUUGAGGUCAGCGCCUGCGCAUACUUGUUCCAAUACAAGGGAGUCAGCGACCUUUCUUCAUGGAAGCCUGCGUUUCUUGGUGAUUCGCUAUCCGCUGCUCUGAUAGCGGAAGAAAACGAUGAGAGGAUAUCAUCUAAGCCCGGCCACCCUGGCCACCCUCUUCCGUUCAGGUACCACCUGUUGAACGACUGGGAGUCGCUUUUCUGGGUCUCCAUGUACAUGGUGAUUUAUAGGGUGGUCGAGCCGACAGAGAACCGACCCCGACAGCCGGCCGAGAAGUUCAGGGCGCAGUGUAUACUCGCUGCCGAGCUUUUCGACGACCCCGUUAGACGUCCUGUAAUGUUCAGUGCUGCGCCGUCGGAAGCAGGCGAUCGCCUCAAAUGGAUACUCCAGGGCUGUCUUCAUCAGGACCUCGUCCCUGUUGGACACGCACUGGCUGAGAUCAGGGUAGGAAUGAUUAAAGCUUACCUGAAGGUGGAGGCGAAUCCGAGCAAGCACCCUGAUGGUACCGAGUCUCUCAGGAUCAUGGUGGGCCCGAUUGCAGAGUAUUACCACUAUAUCUGCAGCUACUUGGAUGCCGAGGACAAAAGUGACAUCACUAUCGCGCGCAUUCCAAGGAGCCAGAAGUCAAAGACGAGGGGACACGAGCAGCGAGCUUCAAGUAUACUAUCCCGCUCUAUUGUCGCAAAUAUCAUGUAACACACACUUUCGCCUCUUGACGGGUGUGUUAUGUAUGAGCCGCGCAGACGCAAG